AUUACAAACCACAAAAGUCUUCGUCAAUGGCCACUCCCAACCACAGAUCAAGAACCCUAUGGUCUUAAUUUAUCAUGUCUUUUGUUCAGACCAUAAAUUAAACAUUACAAGCAUAAGCUUUCAGUAGAUAGGGAUGGAUCCCGAUCAUUUGGGCAAUCGAGAGACGGGAUAUUGUGACUGGAAGGAGGAGUGGCUUCAGGGAGACAAUUAUGAAGAUAUCUGUAAGUCAAAACUAUGCAUAUUUGCUCGGAAUUUUUAUUUUUUUUUGUUUGACAAAUAGUUUGUUUUUCAUCUUUGGUUCGUACUUCGCAUCUAACCUUCAAAAUCAAGAUCCUUUUGGAGACUUUUGCCGUUGGCAUGAAUAUGAUCCCAUACCUUGUAGAUCGCAGCUAGACUUUCAAUUCAAUCUCUUCAUUUUUUCCCCUUCUUUUCCAUGGCAAGAGAGCCUCGUCUACAGAUAGAUAGAUGAAGUGUUGGAUGGAGCGAACGCAAUGCCAAGCCAUUUCCUAUUCCAGUCACAACUUACUGAUAUGGGUGGAACAAGCAAUAGAGUACUCCAGACAGACAAUCCACGCGACAGAAAAAAAAGAAAUGACAAAGAAUAUCGAGCCCGUUGAAGACCAGAAAAGACAGGAGGAGGAGUUGGAGAAACUAGCGGUAGAAAAUGCACGAAUGAAGGACGAAAAUGAAUCCCUGGUGAAGGAAAGGGUUGCAGUUUUGAGUCCGAAGUUGGAAUCAGCAGCCAUUGAGAUAAAUCAACUUAGAAGUGAAAGUCAGAGCUUGAAACGCAACAGUGACAACCAAAGAAUUCUUGUGCAUGCUUUAACCGAAAAACUGGAUGGUCAAAAUAAACUUAGAAGCCUCCAUGAUGAGGUUGCACGAUUGAGACAAAACGUCCCCCAGGAUCCCAGGAUGCAAGAAAAGAAAAAACUCAUGGAAGAGCUUUUGAAGUUAGAAAACGAAAACAGGCUGCUAGAACUGCAAAAUCAAGCGUAUUGCAUGAUGAUACAAAAUGACGGGGACCCUAGAGGGGAUGAAGCUGAUCAAGCAUUGCCUGCAGGAUUGCUGUGAUUAUUUGCUGAGUAGUACAUUAAGUUGAGGCUCCUCUACCAAAUCAUGACUUCUCAAGCUUUUCAUCAUAUCUGAACCCUUUGAGAGAGAGAGGUGGAUCUACUGCGGCAGAACAAUCAUGGGUCUCCUGUGCUGUGUUCGUGUUUGGUUUAAUUUGCUAUGCUUUCCGAAUAAAUGCCAGCGCCUACUUCAAUUCGUUUGGCUUGUCUGUCUUGAUUAUGCAGAUGUAGCUACUGCAUGUAUCUUGAAUCACCAUACCGGUAACUCGUCGAAAAUACCCAACACUGAUGUCUGCCUUGUGAUGUUCAGUGACAAGAGGAUUAUACCAGCUGGUUUAUCAACCAACCUAGAAGAUUAAGUA